GCCAGAUCGCGAUAGAUACUCCAUUAGUUCGCACAUUAGCUGAAUUAGUUGAAUUAUUUAAUUAUAGUAAUUCAAUAAGUUGGUGUAUUAAUAACAAUCAUUUGAAUUUCGAUCGAUGUGAUACUGGACAUUGACAUUUAUUUAAAUCGUAUGCGACAUUGUUUAGAAAUUUAUAUGUUUCAAAUUGUACCCACGAUGUUCGUAGACUCGUUUAAUUAUAAUGUAAUUGAUGGGUGACAGAAAUAUUUUAUGUUGCAAUGGAUCAAGUUAAAGAUAAUCCGAACGGUCAAAAGCAAGAUGUUAUUUCCAGGAAUUUUGAAACCAAAUCUCAAAGUCAACUAAACUAUAAUACUUCAAAUUAUUCAGAAAACAAUAUCUACCAGAUGAUAAAAUGCCACGAGGAUAGCUUGCUAAGGCUUCAUCAUUUAACUGCGGGGCGCAACAUCAAUGCUACUUACGACAGUGGGUACCAGAACGACAUUCCAUGGUAUCCAAAGGACUUACAACGACAAUAUAUAAAGCCCGUGGAGUACUUGGCAUACGAAGAUAUGAGGAGGAAGUUUGAUGAAGCAAAAGGAAAAGAGAGAGAACGAAAAGACCAAGAAGAAGAAAAGGACGGAAAGAACGACGAAAGAAAAAAGCCAAGACGAAAUAGAACUACGUUCACAAGUCAACAGCUAGCUGCAUUAGAAAAGGUGUUUGAAAAAACUCACUAUCCAGAUGCGUUCGUGCGAGAAGAUCUUGCGUCGAGAGUGAAUUUAACUGAAGCCCGAGUUCAGGUUUGGUUUCAAAAUCGACGUGCUAAGUUCCGAAGAAAUGAAAGAUCAGCUCUGUCCUCACACAGGACGUCCACGCAAAAUUCUCCUGAACCGAUACCAGUUCCGAUCGGUAUCCCGCAGGUUGACCCUCGACAGGAUUUCAAUCGUAACGCCAAGGAACCCUGGAUGCAUCACUUCCAGCCUAAUAACCUCAACUUCAAUUUGGGCCUGCCUAUAACAAAUUCUAGUUUAUACCAAAACGACUAUGCGCUUAUGAUGCAAAAUGUUGGCAACCGUCAGUAUGUUUCUAAUACGAAUUCGCUCAUGGCACAGAAUGUCCCUGGUUACGGAUCUUCUAAUGAGAACAAUUACAGUUCGUGUGCAUUGAUAGGAAGCUACAGUGGCGCUCUACAGCCGGCCCACCACAGCUCCUACAAUUUAAACUUAAGAAUUAGACCUCAUGAUUUUACCAUAAACAACAUAACGCUUUGAUUAGGGUUUUGACAAAUUAAGUAAAAUUAUGAAUUAUAUUUAUUAAAACUGUGUUUUAUUCUAUAUCGUUGAAUCU